UUAUAGCUAGUGUAUAAGUGAAAGAUAAUUGUGUUAAAUUAUGUUCGUUUCGUUUUGUCGUGUAGAUCAAAUAAAAUCUUCGAAUUUGGAUUGGGAAACACGUUACAAGAUAAUUUGUGGCAUAGCUAAAGGCGUUCUAUAUUUGCAUGAAGAUUCCAGGCUCAUGAUUAUUCAUCGAGAUCUCAAGGCAAGCAAUGUCCUUCUUGAUGAAAAUAUGAAUCCUAAAAUCGCAGAUUUUGGUAUGGCGAAAUUAGUCAUGCGCGAUGAAACUCACGAAAGAGCUAGCAGGAUUGUUGGAACCUAGUGAAGUGUUUUAUCUUCAAUCUUCGUUUUCUUUGAGGAACAUAGUGAUUCACAUGCACACACACUUUAAUUUCUCACAUACAUUGUGUCGUAUGACAGCGGAUAUAUGGCACCAGAAUACACAAUUCGUGGACAGUUCUCUAUCAAGUCAGAUGUAUACAGUUUCGGUGUCCUAGUCUUAGAAAUCGUAAGUGGUCAGAAGAAGGUGUUUGUGCAAAAUGGGGAGGUCUUAGGAAACCUACUAAGCUAUGCUUGGAGAAGUCGUCGCGAUGGAACAACGGAAGAUAUGAUAGAUCCGAUUCUGAGGGAAACUUAUGGUUCCCAGCCAGACAUGAUGAAAUGUAUUCAUAUUGCUUUGCUAUGUGUUCAAGAAAAUGGAGUUGAAAGACCAACAAUGGCUUCAGUUGUGUUAAUGCUUAAUAGUUCCUCUAUAGCACUGCCAAUGCCUUUAAAGCCAGGAUUUUAUUUUUCAGGGAAUGAAAUCCGUGACGAAACCGAUUCCCCCUCGAGGAGGCAAUUAGCUCAAUGUGGUAACGUAUCUAACAAUGAUUGCUCGAUCACCAAUUUGUAUCCGCGGUAG